AUGGGUCUCCAGGCUGCACUCUGCUUCCCCCUGGGCCUCCUGCUUGGCUCUGUGCUUCUGGCAGCCUCCGCCCCGGCCGCUCCUGCGUCCCAGGGCUGCAGCAACCAGGAGCAACAGGUGACCGUCAGCCACACCUACAAGAUUGACGUGCCCAAGUCCGCCCUGGUCCAGGUGGAGGCUGAGCCUCAGCCGCUCAGCGAUGAUGGGACCUCGCUCCUGGCUCCCGGGGAGGCCGGAGAGGAACAGAACAUCAUCUUUAGGCACAAUAUCCGCCUCCAGACGCCACAGAAGGACUGUGAGCUGGCAGGCAGUGUCCAGGAUCUGCUGGCCCGAGUGAAGACGCUGGAGGAAGAGAUGGUGGAGAUGAAAGAGCAGUGCAGUGUCCAGCGCUGUUGCCAAGGCACUGCUGAUGAGAGCCGCCACUGCAGCGGUCAUGGCACCUUCUCCUCCGAGACCUGCGGCUGCCACUGCGAGCAGGGCUGGGAGGGCGCCCAGUGCGAGCGGCCCGCCUGCCCCGGCGCCUGCAGCGGCCACGGGCGCUGCGAGGACGGGCGCUGCGUGUGCCACGCGCCCUACGUGGGCCCCGACUGCGCGCACCCGGCCUGCCCCGAGAACUGCAGCGGCCACGGCGUGUGCGUGCGCGGCGUCUGCCAGUGCCACCGCGACUUCACCUCCGAGGACUGCAGCGAGCGGCGCUGCCCGGGUGACUGCAGCGGCCACGGCUUCUGCGACACCGGGGAGUGCUACUGCCAGGAGGGCUUCACGGGCCUCGACUGCGCCCAGGUGAUCACUCCCCAGGGCCUGCAGCUGCUCAGGAGCACCGAGGAGUCCCUGCUGGUGAGCUGGGAGCCGUCCAGUGAUGUGGAUCACUACCUCCUCAGCUACUACCCGCUGGGGAAGGAGCUUUCCGGGAAGGAGAUCCAAGUGCCCAAGGAGCAGAACAGCUAUGAGAUCCUCAGCUUGCUGCCCGGAACCAGGUACAUCGUCACCCUGCGCAAUGUGAAGAAGGACGUUCCUAGCAGCCCCCAGCAUCUGCUCGCCACCACAGACCGUGCUGUGGUUGGCGCUGCCUGGGUGACAGAGGAGACGGAGAACUCCCUCGAUGUAGAGUGGGAGAACCCCCCGACCGAGGUGGAUUACUACAAGCUGCAGUAUGGUCCUUUGACAGGGCAUGAGGUGGCUGAGGUCACCGUGCCCAAGAGCAGCGACCCCAAGAGUCGAUAUGACAUCACAGGUCUGCGCCCCGGGACAGAAUAUAAGAUCACUGUGGUGCCCAUGAGAGGAGACCUGGAGGGCAAACCCAUUCUCCUGAAUGGCAGGACAGAGAUUGAUGGCCCAACCAAUGUAGUCACGGAUCGAGUGACGGAAGAUACAGCGGCCGUCUCCUGGGACCCAGUGCAGGCCGUCAUAGACAAGUACGUGGUGCGCUACACCUCUGCUGAUGGGACGGCCAAGGAGACAGCGGUGCCCAAGGACCAGAGCAGCACGGUGCUGACAGACCUGAAUCCAGGACAGGCAUACAAAGUGCACGUCUGGGCUGAGCGGGGCAACCAGGAGAGCAAGAAAGGCGACACGGAGGCCCUCACAGAACUCGACAGCCCAGCAAACCUGGUGACAGACAGGGUGACAGAGAACACAGCCUCGGUCUCCUGGGACCCCGUGCAGGCCGCCAUCGACAGGUACAUGGUGCGCUACACGUCUGUCGAUGGAGAGACCAAGGAGGUGCCUGUGGGGAAGGAUCAGAGCAGCACGGUGCUGACGGGCCUGAGGCCAGGCGUGGAGUACAAGGUGUAUGUGUGGGCCCAGAAGGGGAGCCGGGAGAGCAAGAAAGCUGACACCGAGGCCCCAACAGAAAUUGACAGCCCCAAAAAUCUGGCGAUGGAUCGGGUGACAGAGAACACGGCCACCGUCUCCUGGGACCCCGUGCAGGCCGCCAUCGACAGGUACAUGGUGCGCUACACGUCUGCCGAUGGAGAGACCAAGGAGGUGCCCGUGGGGAAGGAUCAGAGCAGCACGGUGCUGACGGGCCUGAGGCCAGGCGUGGAAUACAAGGUGUACGUGUGGGCCCAGAAGGGGAGCCGGGAGAGCAAGAAAGCCGACACCAAGGCCCCAACAGACAUUGACAGCCCCAAGAACCUGGUGACAGACAGGGUGACAGAGAACACGGCCUCGGUCUCCUGGGACCCCGUGCAGGCCGCCAUUGACAGGUACAUGGUGCGCUACACGUCUGCUGAUGGAGAGACCAAGGAGGUGCCCGUGGGGAAGGAUCAGAGCAGCACGGUGCUGACGGGCCUGAGGCCAGGUGUGGAGUACACGGUGCACGUGUGGGCCCAGAAGGGGAGCCAGGAGAGCAAGAAAGCCGACACCAAGGCCCCAACAGAUAUUGACAGCCCCAAGAACCUGGUGACAGACAGGGUGACAGAAAACACGGCCUCGGUCUCCUGGGACACCGUGCAGGCCGCCAUUGACAGGUACAUGGUGCGCUACACGUCUGCCGAUGGAGAGACCAAGGAGGUGCCUGUGAGGAAGGAUCAGAGCAGCACGGUGCUGACGGGCCUGAGGCCAGGUGUGGAGUACACGGUGUACGUGUGGGCCCAGAAGGGGAGCCGGGAGAGCAAGAAAGCUGACACCAAGGCCCCAACAGACAUUGACAGCCCCAAGAACCUGGUGACAGACAGGGUGACAGAGAACACGGCCUCGGUCUCCUGGGACCCCGUGCAGGCCGCCAUUGACAGGUACAUGGUGCGCUAUACGUCUGCCGAUGGAGAGACCAAGGAGGUGCCCGUGAGGAAGGAUCAGAGCAGCACGGUGCUGACGGGCCUGAGGCCAGGCGUGGAGUACACGGUGCACGUGUGGGCCCAGAAGGGGAGCCGGGAGAGCAAGAAAGCCGACACCAAGGCCCCAACAGACAUCGACCCUCCCAAAAACUUCCGUCCGUCUGGGGUAACACAGUCUGGUGGGAAGCUGACCUGGACGCCCCCUGAUGCGCAGAUUGACGGCUACGUUCUGACCCUCCAGUUCCCGGACGGCACUGUGAAGGAAGUGCAGCUGGGACCAGGGGACCAGAGGUUUGCAUCACAAGGCCUUCAACAAGGUGUCACCUAUCCUGUCUCCUUGGUAGCCUUUAAGGGUGAUCGCCGAAGCAGGAGUGUAUCCACCACCCUGUCCACAGUUGGUGCCCGUUUUCCACACCCUUCCGACUGCAGUCAAAUUCAGCAGAACAGCAACGUCGCCAGUGGCCUGUACACCAUCUACCUGCAUGGCGAUGUGAGCCAGCCCCUGCAGGUGUACUGUGACAUGGACACCGAUGGAGGCGGCUGGAUUGGCUUUGGGGACCCCAUGAAGGAAUUCUGGCUAGGACUUGACAAGCUGCACAACAUCACCACGGGUGCUCCUUCCCGGUACGAGGUGAGAGUGGAUUUGCAGACUGCCAAUGAGUCUGCCUAUGCUGUGUACGAUUCCUUCCAAGUGGCUUCCAGCAAGGAGCGGUAUAAGUUGACUGUUGGGAAAUACAGAGGCACGGCAGGGGAUGCUCUGACUUACCACAAUGGCUGGAAGUUUACAACUUUUGACAGAGACAAUGAUAUUGCCCUCAGCAACUGUGCCCUGACACAUCAUGGCGGCUGGUGGUACAAGAACUGCCACUUGGCCAACCCCAAUGGCCGAUACGGGGAGACCAAGCACAGUGAGGGGGUGAACUGGGAGCCGUGGAAAGGACACGAAUUCUCCAUUCCUUACGUGGAGUUGAAAAUCCGCCCUCGUGGCUACCACGGGGAGGCCGUCGUGGGCAGGAAGAAGCGGAUGCUAGGAGGGAAGACACGAGCAUUCUGAUGGCCCCGCUGAGCCUUCACGGAGCGAGACAAGACCAGCCUGGAUGGGGCGGACAGUGGUGACAGGCCAAUGUCAGGGUGAGGGAUGCUCAGAGCCUCUCUUUUCUGAGACCGCUGGAUAACCUGCAGGACCCACACGAUUCAAAGCACGAUGCCAAGCUUCAAGUCAUAUAAGUCCCUUCCUCUGUCAAGCCACCUGCUCCAUUGCCCGUGUGACAGUAUAUCCUGGAGGCCCUCCACCACAGUGUCACAGUAGCUAGCUGCACAGCAUGCCCCUGUGGACAGCACUGCAGCGGCCUGCGUUCUCAGCCUCUCAUCAGUGACAGGGGAGCAUCCAGUGCCUCACCAAUCAGAAAGUUCUAGAAAACAAAAUUUAUUCUUCAAAGCGCUUCUGGAAGGAAGUAGUGGAGUGGGGUUCUAAUUCCCAAGGGAUCAGGGCUGAGGUAGCCCAAUGCCACCGAUUUUGAGGAAAACAAUGUAGGAGUCUCCUCCUUCCCUGCAAGGACUGGUGUUUCCAGAAGUGUAAAGGGAACCCAAAGAGGUCCAGAUGGAUUCCCAGUGAGCCAGAUCCCAGCUAGGGUUGGGCAUGCCCGGAGCCCACCGUUCACUUCACUGCUAGUUUUCAGUGCCCGCUUUCCAGGUUAUUUGCAUAAUCGCUUGCAUAGAUCUGCAGACGUUGUGACUACAUCCCCGCUCCUUGAUCCUUGGUACUUCCUCAGGACCCUGCUGUGACCCCUCUCCUGCCCCAUCAAGCCCUCAGCCUGUUUGAAUGGAGGCGUGGCAAGGUCAGCUCUUUUGUGUGUGCUUCUUUUCUUAUCAUUUUGGUAGAACGUCUGUGGCUAAUUCAGUGACCACGGAAGUAACUUAAACUUCUACUCAAGAAAAUAAGUGAAUAAUAAACCACUUGACUUAAAACAAUGAA